CCUCCUCCUCCCCGUCCAUCGCCGUCGCCGGGGCUUCCUACAACUUCAAAAUGGCGGCUACCGCCACCGCCAUGGCUAUAGCAACUAUCUCCCCCGCCGCUCCGAUUCCAUCCGCGCCCUUCCCAUCCCUUCCCCUCCCCCUCGGCCUCCGCCUCCGCUCUCAACCCCUCCUCUUCGCUGCUUCCCGCCGCCGCUUCCUCCAUGUUCCCAAAGCCGCCUCCUGGGACGAAUCCGUCCCCGAGGAUGGUGGAGAUGCGGAGGAAUCCGUUGCCGCUGGGGACGACGAGGACGAGGAGGAGAAGCAGCGGCCCGAGCCGGUGUCCUCCUCCGAGUUCCAGUUCGCGGCGCCACCCGAGGGCUACGUCGAGCCCGCGGCGUUUGACGAGCUACCGCCGGAGUCCCCAGAAGACGUGGCGGCGGCGUACGAAUCUCUCUACGGGCCGGCCUUCAGCGGCGAGACAUUGCUGGGGAACAAUGUCUUUGAGGUCAAGGUGGUCGACCCCAUCGACAUGGACCGGGAGCAGCGCCCGAACGACGAUUUCACCGAGCGCGUCGUGCAGGUCAACCGCGUCACCAAGGUCGUCAAGGGAGGGAGGCAGCUCUCCUACCGCGCAAUCGUCGUCGUUGGCGACAUGAAGGGCCACGUUGGUGUCGGCGUGGGAAAGGCCAAGGAGGUCACGGAGGCCAUCACCAAGGCCGCCAUGAACGGCCGGCGCAACCUUGUCACAGUGCCGCUAACUAAGUACUCCACAUUCCCGCACAGAGCUGAUGCGGACUAUGGAGCAGCCAAGGUGAUGCUGAGGCCUGCUUGCCCUGGAUCUGGUGUCAUUGCUGGUGGAGCCGUGAGGGUUGUGCUGGAGAUGGCUGGUGUUGAAAAUGCUCUGGGCAAGCAGCUGCGCAGCAAGAACCCCCUGAACAACGCUCGAGCCACUAUCAAGGCGACGCAGAUGAUGAAGCAGUUCAAGGAUGUCGCUGAGGAGCGUGGUAUUCCAAUGGAGGAGCUGUGGAAAUGAUAAAAACAAUUCGAAACCAAGACCCCCCCCCCCCCUUUGUAGCAUUCUUUCUCCUGUCGCUGUAUUUUUCUUAAGGUCUUCAUUUUUCUGCUGUAUCUAUGGGAUGAAUCCCGCCUCACGGUUUCUUUUUUGCAUCUCUCUUCUGAAAUUCUGUGUGUGAGAAUUUAGUCCAUGAGAUCUGACCCUAUAUGCUUGCUCUUCACUUCUGUACACUGCUACUGGUGGAAAUUCAGACCAAAGAAUGAACAGAUUUAGCGCG